UUCAACUUGGCGGGGAAUUCCUCUCCCUCUUACACAGUUUGUAGUGCGGGGGCGGCGGGGUGACAGCCCCAGUGCAUGAAUCAGCCACCCCUCAGGCUCCGCCCCGUGGGGGUCGGCCGGACGCUCGCCCCGCAUAAAGCGGGCACCCGGGCCGCCUGGAGCAGAACGCCGCGCACCUCCUCCCGCCAGGCGCUUUCUCGGACGCCUUGCCCGGCGGGCCACUGGACCCCCUGCACCAUGGACCCCGCUCGCCCCCUGGGGCUGUCGAUUCUGCUGCUGCUCCUGACCGAGGCUGCACUGGGCGAUGCGACUCAGGAGCCAACAGGAAAUAACGCGGAGAUCUGUCUCCUGCCCUUAGACUACGGACCCUGCCGGGCCCUACUUCCCCGUUACUACUACGACAGGUACACGCAGAGCUGCCGCCAGUUCUUGUACGGGGGCUGCGAGGGCAACGCCAACAAUUUCUACACCUGGGAGGCCUGCGACGAGGCUUGCUGGCGGAUAGAAAAAGUUCCCAAAGUUUGCCGGCUGCAAGUGAGCGUGGACGACCAGUGUGAGGGGUCCACAGAAAAGUAUUUCUUUAAUCUAAGUUCCAUGACAUGUGAAAAAUUCUCGUCUGGUGGGUGUCACCGGAACCGGAUUGAGAACAGGUUUCCAGAUGAAGUUACUUGUAUGGGCUUCUGUGCACCAAAGAAAAGUCCAUCAUUUUGCUACAGUCCAAAAGAUGAGGGACUGUGCUCUGCCAAUGUGACUCGCUAUUAUUUUAAUCCAAGAUACAAAACCUGUGAUGCUUUCACCUAUACUGGCUGUGGAGGGAAUGACAAUAACUUUGUUAGCAGGGAGGAUUGCAGACAUGCAUGUGCAAAAGCUUUGAGAAGGAAAAAGAAGAUGCCAAAGCUUCGCUUUGCCAGUAGAAUCCGGAAAAUUCGGAAGAAGCAAUUUUAAACAUUCUUAAUAUGUCAUCUUGUGAAUGCUUAUUUGCCUUUAUGGUUAUAUCUGAAGAAUAAUAUGACAGCAUGAGGAAACAAAUCAUUAGUGAUUUAUUCACCAGUUUUUAUUGAUACAAGUCACUUUUUAAAAAAUUUGUAUGUUUUUUAUACAUAACUAGCUGCUAUUCAAAUGUGAGUCUACCAUUUUUAAUUUAUGGUUCAACUGGUUGUGAGACUGAAUUCUUACAAUGCAUAAGAUAUAAAAGCAAAUAUGACUCACUCAUUUCUUGGGGUUGUAGUCCUGAUUUCAGAAGAGGAUAAUAACUGAAACAACAUAAGACAACAUAAUCAUGUGUUUUUAAAGAUAUUUGAGAAUAUAAAGGACUAGCAAAUAAAACUCAUUUUGCUUU